GGAUCUGCUUGGGCAUACCUGACGUGUGUCCGCCGUGUUCGGACAGCCCGUCCCUUGAACUUUCCAAGGGAUUUCCCGAAGCAGUUUAUCAAGGUGAAGGCUUGGUGUCUAAGCCUUCAUGUGCUCUUGGAGCGGGAAGGUUAAAGCCAGUCAUCCUUAAUCUUGUGGUAGUUUCUCAAGGGUUAUGCACCUUUGCAGUGAUGGAUUAUAAUGCAAGUAGGGAAGAUUUUCGGUCAUCUUAUGACUAUUCCUACGAAGGAGGUGUACCUACUGACGAUGAAGAGGGCGAUGAAGACUUCUCUUCCCGACCCCAUGUCAGUAGUCAUAGCAGACAGUCUGUGAUUUUUCCGGCGAAAAGACGCCGAAUGGACGACUCUAGCUCUACACAAACUCAUCAAAAUGGGCAGUCUUCCACAAGGAAGCAUUCAACCCAGUUUGAGUCUUGUUUGGGUCACAGUAGAACCAUUGUUCAUGUUGACAUCGACUGUUUUUACGCGCAAGUCGAGAUGAUCCGGCGACCUGAACUGAGAGACGUACCCCUAGGAAUUCAACAGAAACAUAUCGUGGUCACUUGCAAUUAUGUCGCUAGGGAAAGAGGGGUGAAAAAACUUGUUUACAUCAGCGAUGCCAAAAAGACAUGUCCUGAUCUGGUUUUAGUUAACGGGGAAGAUUUGACUAAUUACAGGGAGUUUUCUGGACGGGUCCACUCCUUGCUGUCAGAGAGGUUCACACCCCUGGUAGAAAGAUUAGGGAUGGAUGAGAACUUUUUGGAUGUGACUGAACUUGUGAAAUCACGCGAGUUGGCUUUGCCGUCUGGAAGGAGGGAAUAUGUCGGGGGUUUGUACGCAAGCAGGGUUGAAAAUUGCAAAGAUAAGGACAUUACUGCAUGUCCUUGUGGUUGCCACGAGAGACUAAGAAUUGGAUCACUGAUUGCAGCAGAGAUCAGGCAAGUAAUUCUGCAAGAAGUUGGUCUGACUUGUUGUGCAGGAAUUGCUCACAACAAACUCCUGGCUAAACUUGUAGGUGCAUGGAAAAAACCCAACAAACAGACAACAUUACUUCCAGAGGAUGCAGGGAGCUUGUUGUCAGGACUGAAAGCAAAGGAUAUCCCAGGUAUUGGACACAGCACGGCCAAAAAACUUCAAACAAUUAACAUUUCAUCUGUUACUGACCUACUUUCAUGUCCCAGUCAAGUCUUAGAAAAGGAAUUUGGCCAUUCACUGGCAGAUCUGAUGAUCAAACUCUGCAAUGGGAUUGAUGAGAGCAAAGUUACUCCCUCUCGAGAAUUUAAAACAAUAACAGAUGAGGACUCUUUUAAAUGUUGUUCAACACUAGAGGGUGCAACAAAACGCCUCAGGGGUCUUGUCAAAGGAAUACUUCCAAGAAUUUCUUCCAGUACUACAUUACCUCAAACUGUGAGAGUCUCCAUUCGAAGAAGAGGUGAAAAGUCACAUAAAAGAGAGAGUCGUCAGAGUGCUUUACCGCAAGCAAUUUGUUUUGCUGACGAGGAAAAAGCAGGAGAUCUUCUCUUCGAAGUUUGUGUCUCAUUGUUUAAGAAAGUUGUGGAUGUCAAUAAACCAUUUCACCUGAGUCUUCUGGGAAUUUCAUUAACAAACUUUUACAAACCAUCUAGUGGUCAAGCCAAAGAAAUCUCAAACUUUUUUCAAAAGUCUUGCAGCAAACAUGCAAAUCUGACAUCUGUCACAUCAUGUAAUAGUUUGGAAUCAAAGGGAAAUUAUCUCUUUGAAAGAGAAGACUGGGAAGCUUUGCCCAAGAGCUGUGAAGAUAAAUUAUCUGAUCAAAGAACAAGUAAGGUUGGCACAACCAAAACUAAGGACUGGAAACCAGUGAGGAGCUCUAAAAUAACUAAACAGCAUACCCAGCCAAAGGGAAUAAACGUUGAUGGGGCUACCAAGGAUGUGAGUCAACCAGCUAUCAUUUGCCCCAGCGGCAUAGACCCUGCAGUUUUUGCUGAGUUACCUUUGGAGCUGCAGAAGGAGUUGCAGGCUCAAUGGCCACAGUCAGCCCAGGAAACAGCGAAUACCAAGAGGGUUACUGUAAAGGAGAAAAAAAGUGCUGGAAUUCAAAGAUACUUUACUAGAGAAGGUGUAAACGAUGACUCUGGAACACCUAAAUAAAAGAGGCUUUCUAAUUACACAGAGCUGUAAUAGAAUCCUGUUAAUUCAAGCACAGUUUACUUGAACUCUCCUUUUACUACAAUAAAAUGCUAUUUCCCCUGGA